UUUGUCCCAAAAUUAAUUUUCUAAGAAUAAUCCCACAUAAAAUAAAUUAUUAAUAAUUUUCCUUUUUCAUGCUUUUCAUUUGGCAAACAACAAAUAGUCUGUGAGUAUUUUAUCAUUAUAAUAUUUUUUGACACAAUAUAAUAUAUUUUAUUUUACUAAUAAAAAGGCUUCAAAAAAAAAGAAAAAAGGUGAUUUUAUUCCUUACCGUGACUCUGUAUUAACUUGGCUCUUGAGAGAAAAUCUUGGUGGAAAUUCAAAAACCGCCAUGAUAGCCGCUAUUAGCCCUGCUGAUAUAAACUAUGAUGAAACAUUAUCUACAUUAAGGUUUAUAUACUAUAAAUAUUAUAUAACUAUUUCAAAUAAUUUAUACUAAUCAAAUGAUUACUUGAUGAAUGGUUCUAUAUUAUUUUAUAGAUAUGCUGAUCGAGCUAAACAAAUAGUAUGUAAAGCUAUUGUUAAUGAAGACGCAAAUGCCAAACUCAUUCGUGAACUCAAAGAAGAAAUACAAAGACUGCGAGACUUAUUAAAAGCUGAAGGAAUUGAAGUACAAGAAGGUAAAUAUUACAUUACUAUGAGCAUCUAAUUAGGAUUUUAAAUCCAAUCAGUUUGGUGACAAUGGUUUUUAUUUUUAUGAAUAUCAGGCGGUAAAAUGGUUUAUGGGAAACUUAAAGAAAAUCGUAAGUAGGGGUCACCUUUCAUGCUUUCAGAGUCCUGUCCCCAUAAAGCUCGCUUGGCUUUAAAAUUUAAUAAUAAUAACUGCGCUUAUCCAUCAUUAUCUGCAUAAUUUGUCAUAAUAAACAAAAUAUAUAUAUAUAUAUAUAUAUAUAACUAUUGUGAUUAUAAACUUAUUUUUAGGAGAUGAUGGAGUCAAAAUGCUUAAAGAUGGUGAUGAAAAACCAAAUGUUCCUUCAUCUAUGAUUGCUGAAGAAGCUGUUGAUCAACUUCAAGCUAGUGAAAAAUUAAUUGCGGGUAAAAAAAAAUAUUGUUUAAGAGGUUGUAAUAGUAAUUUCAUCUCAGUGGUAAAUGGUUACCAAUAAAAUAUUAUGCCCAUGUACUUCUAAUUAAAUUUCUGAUCUUGAUAACACAUUUUGUUCACCAUAAUUAACUUGGAAAUUAGUAACCAAUAUUAUAAACAACUCUAUUGAUUUCUAGAUAUUAUUAAUAUUCUAAAUUAAACAUGUUAAUUUAUUUUCAAUGUAUUAAAAAGUAAUAAAAAAACUUACUUUUUUAUAUUUAUAUAAUCUCUAACCUCCUCCCCCUUGCCUAUGCCACUAAUAAGUAAAUCUUUUAAACUAAUACUAAUAAUUACUAAUUUACAUAAAACAAAUAUAUCCGAUGCGUUUCAUUCAUUUAAUGAAUUGAUCUGAAAAAGUUUUUAGUUUUUUACCUAACCCCUUUGUUUCAUCUAAUUCUAAAAUACCUAGUAAUUGUAUACAAUUAAUUCAACUAGAAAAUGUUCAAUUUUUUAUUAACUAGUUUUCUGGUUGGAAUAUAACCACUGUUCAAACUUCUUUCAUUUUUUAAAUAAAUAUUAUACCAGUAUAUUAUAUUUAUGAUUUUCCUUAGUAAAAACUCAGGUAUAUAAUUAUAUUCAAUGACUAUAUUUUUAUAAAAUGAUAAAUGAGUGCCAAAUAAUAUUGUUAUAUUAUAAUUUGUAUAAUUUUAAUAUGUUUCCGUUAAUUUGUAAAAAAUCAAUUAUCUUUAUCAAAAUUACACGUAUACAUUACAUUAUAUAUAUCAUUAAUUUUUUUUUUUUUGUACAACAUAUUUUCCAAAACAAUUGUUUUAUUUUUUUCAAAGAACUUAAUGAAACAUGGGAAGAAAAAUUGAAACGUACAGAAGAAAUACGAAUUCAAAGAGAAGCUGUAUUUGCCGAAAUGGGAGUAGCAGUUAAAGAAGAUGGUGAUACAGUGGGCGUUUUUUCACCGCAAAAAGUAUAUAUUCUUAAAAUUAUUUUAAACAAUAUAUUAAUAUGCUAUGUUUUUGAAGACUCCACAUUUGGUCAACCUUAAUGAAGAUCCAUUUAUGUCUGAAUGCUUGAUUUAUUACAUCAAAGAAGGUGUAACACGCGUUGGGUCGGCUGAAUCUAAGGUUACUCAAGAUAUACGACUGUGUGGCUCAUAUAUACAGCGGGAACAUUGUCGGUUUGAAAAUUGUAAUGGUAUCGUUACUUUACUACCUAUAAAAGAUGCUUUAUGUUAUGUAAAUGGCCGAGAACUUACUGAACCUAUAGUACUGAAAACGGGUUCAAGAGUAAUUCUAGGAAAAAAUCAUGUUUUCCGAUUUAACCACCCUGAACAAGGUAAACCUAGUAAUAUUUCAUUUAUGUAAUAAAAUUAUUAUUAAAUUCAUUAUAAUUAUUUAGUAAGAGAACGAAGAGAACAUAAAAACAAAACAGAAGGAGCAGUGGAAAACAUUAAAGAAAGUAAUAAUAAUAAUAUUUAUUUUUAAAUGAUCAUGAAUUAUUAUACAAACAAUAUACUUUUAGUCACAUCUAAGUCAGAAAAGUGCUCUCCUGCUGAAACUCCAGUUAGUAAUGAGUAUGUUGAUUGGAACUUUGCACAAAUUGAGUUAUUAGAAAAACAAGGAAUAGAUCUAAAACAAGAUAUGCAACUAAAGCUAAAUGCUCUUGAAGAACAAUUUCGAAAAGAUAAAGAAACAGCAGACCAAAUAUUUGAAGAACAGCGCAAAGUAUAAAACAAAUAUUAUAGAAUGUUUCCAAUAAUAUUUAUUUAAUAUUUAUUUUAGAACUAUGAGGCAAGAAUAGAUGCUCUUCAGAAACAAGUAGAAGAACAGAGCAUGACUAUGUCAAUGUAUAGUUCUUACACUCAAGAUGAUUUAAUAACUGAAGAAGAUAUUUUUGGUACCCCAACUAUUUAUUAUUAAUAAUUAUUAUAAUAUAAUAUCUUUAUUUUUUUAUUAAAAUCAAGAAAUUUUAGUUAAUCCACUGUUCGAUGCAGAACCAAAUUGGACCGAUAAAGAAUAUCAACUAGUUUUCACAACUUGUCGUAAAUGGAAGUAUCACCAAUUUACAUCACUCCGGGAUGAUCUAUGGGGAAACGCUGUAUUUUUAAAAGAGGCUAAUGCUAUAUCAGUAGAACUCAAAAAAAAAGUAUAAUAUUCUUAUAAUUAUUAUAAUGUAUGCGACUUUAUUCUAUUGAAUAAUUAUUUUAGGUUCAAUUCCAAUUCACUUUACUAACAGAUACUUUGUACUCUCCUUUACCAGUGGAGUUUUUAACUGAAGAUGAUUAUGCUGAUAGGCCUUUUCCUCGUACAUAUGUUGCCAUUGAAGUACUUGAUACUAAGAAUGGAGCUACACAUUAUUGGACAUUAGAUAAGUUGAAGUAAGUAUUUAUGAGUUAUCCAAUUUCAUUAGGUAAUUAGGAAGGGUGAUUCUAACGCUUGUCUUUGUGUUAGAACAAGGUUGGAUCUAAUGCGCCAAAUAUAUAAUGGGGAUAUUGAAAGCCCCCAGAAUUCGCCUUGCAAGGUUAAGGAUGAUUUUUUUCAAUGUCUGACUGCCUGCACCCCUCACAAGUCUUUCUCGUAUUUAUUACCCUCAAGGUUAGUGUUCCCAAUGUAAGUCCUAAACAUAAUGUUUGAGUGGUUCGUCAGGCAUAUUUAUUUCGAAAAUAUAUUAGGUGUUUGUCCCAUUAUAAUUUGUACAUUUCUCUAAAAUUUUGCCAACACUUAUUUGUUUGAACCAUAGUCAACAUGAUAUUAUUUUAUUCUUUGUAAAUUUACAGACAAAGAUUAGAACUCAUGCGAGAAAUGUAUCAAAAUGAAGCAGAAUUAUCACCGACAUCACCAGAUUUUAAUAUAGACGCUAUUACAGGAGGGGAUCCUUUUUACGACAGGUUUCCAUGGUUCAGGCUUAUUGGCAGAGCAUUCAUCUAUUUAAGCAAUCUUAUGUAUCCUGUACCUUUGAUUCACAAAGUAUCUAUAGUUAAUGAAAAAGGUGAUGUCAAGGGUUAUCUACGUGUUGCCAUACAAGCAGUUUUAGGUAAUAAAAUAUUAUUUGUUUUAUAAUUUACUAAAUUAAUCAUAAUUAUAAGAACAAAAAUAAUAAUAAUAAUAUUUUUGUAUAGAAGAUGAAACUUCUGAUAAUUAUGGUACAGUAAAACAGUUUGCAAAAAUUUCUUUUAAUGACAAAGAUCUAUUGGGUCGUUUUGCUGGAAAGAAACAUACUAAUGUUGCUGAAAGAAUUAUUACAGGAAAAAGUAGCAAUAAAACCGAUGGUACAGAUUUAAUGUGUUUUUAUUAUUAUAUAAUUUAGAUAUUUACUAUAUUUUAUUAUUUUAGAAACUGAAACUGAUGAUGGAGACAGCGGUCGUGGGGAUAGUUCUGUAACAUCUGAUAUUAAAGAUGAAGAAGUUCCAAGUCAUCUAUUAAUUAGCAAAGACUUCACAUUUAGAGUUACCUUAUUACAAGCUGUUGGUGUUCCCAAUGAAUAUGUUGAUAUUUUUUGUCAAUUCAAGUAAUUGAAAUAUUUGAUUUAUUAAAAAUGUAUUAUUAAUACAUUUUUAUUUUCAGUUUCUUACAUAGACAUGAUGAUGCAUUUUCUACUGAACCGGUAAAGAAUUGUGGUAAAGGCACACCGGUGGGAUUUUAUCAUGUACAAAAUGUUAGUAUCUUCUAUCUUCAACUCAUAGUACUUUAUUUUCCUAAAAUCUGUAUUUAUUUCAAUAGAUUACUGUUCCUGUUACAAAUUCAUUUAUUGAGUAUAUAAAGACACAACCAAUUGUAUUUGAAGUAUUUGGUCAUUAUCAAAAACAUCCACUUCACAAUGAUGCUAAACAAGAUAGUACUUUGUAUGUUAAAUUGAAUAUUUAUUUAUAAAUAUGAACUUAUUGAAUUAUAUUGAAUAUAUAUUAUGUUUAUUUAUAUUAGUGUUCGACAACCUCCAAGACGAAUGUUACCUCCAUCAAUACCAAUAAGUUUACCAGUACGUUCUCCUAAGUUUGGAGUUUUGCCUUCCUUGUGCACAUCACAUAUACAUGCUAAAUAUGAUUUAUUAAUUUGGUUUGAAAUAUGUGAACUUGGUAAGCUAACAAAUUGUUUACACUUUAGCUGUUUUGUUUUAACACAAUCUUUUUAUCAGGCCCCGAUGGUGAUUAUGUACCAUGUGUGGUUGAUCAUAGUGAAGAUUUACCAUGUCGUGGACUUUUUAUGCUUCAUCAAGGCUUACAACGUCGCAUACGUGUUACAAUAGUACAUGAAACAGCUCCAGAAUUACGUUGGAAAGAAAUACGAGAACUAGUUGUUGGUCGUAUUCGUAAUAUACCACAAUCAGAAGAUGAUGAUACGGAUAAUUCAGUUCUUUCAUUGGGCCUAUUUCCCGGUGAAUACCUUGAAAUACCUGGUGAAGAUCGUUGUAUGUUCCGUUUUGAAGCUGCAUGGGAUAGCUCAUUGCAUAAUUCUGUGCUUCUUAAUAGAAUAUCUACUGGAGGAGAACAUAUAUUCAUGACAAUAUCUGCUUAUUUAGAGGUAAGACUUAAUUUUUAAAUGUAAAACAUCUUUAAUAAAAAAAUAUACAUUUAUAAAUUAAUAGUUGGAGAAUUGUGGAUGUCCAGCUAUAAUUACAAAGGACUUGAGUAUGGUAAUAUAUGGUAGAGAUGCCAGAACAGGACCAAGAUCCUUGAAACAUCUAUUCAGUGGCAAUUACAAAAACAGUGAAGCAAACAGAUUGUCCGGCAUUUAUGAACUUGUGCUGAAAAGAGCUUCAGAAGCAGGUAGUCCAGGUAGUUUUCAUGACAAAGAGAUGCAGUAGAAAACACAAGAGUUGUUGGCUUGUAGAUGUAGUUAAUGCUUCAACAAUUGUAAUCAUUAAUUAAUAAUUUUAAUUAUUUAUUGAUAUUUUGUAAAGGUGUUCAAAGGCGACAAAGACGUGUGUUGGAUACAAGCUCCACAUAUGUUCGUGGUGAAGAAAAUCUAGAAGGUUGGAAACCACGCGGUGAUAGUUUAAUAUUUGAUCACCAAUGGGAAUUGGAAAAACUUACUAGACUUGAAGAAGUUGGUCGUACAAGACACAUGAUUCUUCUUAGAGAACGACUAGGACUUGAUAAAGUACCAAUUACCAAAUCUGAAAAGGUUUUUAAUUCAUAAUUUACUAUGCCAUUCUAUAUUAAAUAUAAAUAUUAAUUACCUUAGGAGGUAUGCAACAUAAUUGCUAAAGCUUCAAGUUCCACUAAAGAUAUUAUGAGACCUCCUAGUCCCGUAGUAAUACGCAAUGUUGAUCCUAGUGUAUAUGAACCUUGGCAAAUGAAUGAAAGAGAAAGAUACUUGGCUUCCAAAUGCAUCAAGCUUAUUCAAGGAAGAAUACCAUCUAAAGUAUAUAUAUUGUUAAAAAAUGAUUAAAUAUUAUGGAAAACAAAAUAUAUAUUCUGUUUAUAGGAAAAUCUAAUACUGCCAACUUACACUGAUGCACUCACUCCAACUGAUGAUAAAACUGAAUCAAAUAUCAGUAAUUCAUCUAGCUGCAUUACUAUUUCAAAUCAUGAGUAUGAUUAAAACUAAAUUUUAAAAUCUUUAUUUAUAAUUACUGUAAUACAAAUAUUUGUUUUGUAGAUUAUUUUCGCCAGACCGUGGUUUUCAGCGAAAUUCUAAUAUAAAUGACUCCAUGUUCAUUGAUUCUCUAAUUUCUCAAAUAUCAUCUACUGAACCACAACUUGUGCUUUAUGUACCGGAAGUUGAAGAGAUAAGAAUUAGCCCUGUUGUUUCCAGAAAAGGUUAUCUGAACAUACUAGAACAUAAAACUAAUGGGUGGAAGAAACGAUGGGUGGUGAAUAUUUUAUCAUAAUUUAUUAUUUAAUUAUACAAACAAAUAUAUGACGAUAAGAAAACAUAGUAUAUUUUAUCUAGUACUAUUAUUGUUGUUAUUACUUACAUUGUAAAUUCAUUUUCAGACGGUAAGGCGUCCCUAUGUAUUUAUAUUCAGAGAUGAAAAAGAUCCAGUUGAAAGAGCUCUGAUAAAUCUUACUACAGCACAAGUUGAAUAUUCUGAAGAUCAAUUAGCUAUGGUCAAAGUACCAAAUUCAUUCAGGUAAUUAUUUUAGAAAAAUAGACCCAAUGAAUCUUGACCAUUAUUUUAUAAACGAAGUAGGUGCAUCUCUUUGUAGAUAUUGUUUGGGAGGCAUAACCAAUUUUAUAAUUAUUAUAAUUAUUAUCAUCGUUGAAAAAAAAUAGUCAUUUUAGGCUGGGAUUUCGAUGAACUUUGUAUUUUUUUCUAAAGCUUGCUGUGUGAAGCUUGUAUUUUAACAAAUUCAUUUCAUCUACUUUUGAACGAGAAUAAGAUAGUUUACUUUGCAUGUUUUGACAAAUAUUGGUGUUUAUGUCAUUUUCUUAAUUUUUUAGAGCAUUUUAGGGUUUUAAGGGUAUUUGUGAAGUUUAUCUAAAAGAUUGGGAGCUACUGAUCUAGAAUAUUGUUAUAACUUAUUAGUAAUAAGGUAUCAAUUUUAAAAUAUUACUAACAAUUUAAGUUUCUAACCACCAAAUGUAAUUAUUCAUACGUAAUACAUGAUUUAAAUAUACAAUAUUGAAUACUAAUCAAGAAGUAUCUACAUACUUCAUAAUUUUGGAGAUACAAAUUAAUAAUUAUUAUAAUUUAUUGACAAUGUUUUAAAUUGUCUGCUUAUUCAAUAUCAAUAUCUUAGGUUAUUGACUAUAAAAAACUUAAAAUAUAAAUAACAUAGACAAAAUAAUAUGCUUAUUUUACUUUACUUGCAGUGUUGUCACUAAACAUAGAGGUUACUUAAUGCAAACACUAUUAGACAAAGAGGUAUAUGAAUGGUUGUAUGCCAUAAAUCCUCUCUUAGCCGGUCAAAUUCGGUAUGUUAUUAAUAUGUGAUUCUGUAAAUCUUAAACACAAUAUUUUAAUAUUCACUUAAAAUAUGUUUAGAUCAAAAACAUCACGGCAAAUAAUGCCAAAUGGACAAAAUCAAAAACCAGCAUUUGUGUCUAAUCCAAUUGACACACACCAAUAAAUAUCAAAAAUUAAUACCUACAUAUUUAUUAUUUAAAUAUUAAUUAUUAUAUAUGUAUAUUUGUUUGUGAACGUCCUAAAAUGUUAAUUUUUGUCACAUUAAAUUACCAGCACUGUUUUGCGGUACAAUUUUAGUAAUGUGCCAUUGAAAUGUUGUGCUUUAUUUUUUUAUGCUGCCAAACACGUUCAAUUGCUUUUAAAAAAAAUAUUUGAAAUGUUUAAAUUUUAAUACAACGGUUGUGAAAUAGUCGAAUCAAUAUUUUAAAAUUAUUGAUCUUUCUUAUUAUCUCUGAAUUGUUAAAUCGAUCAAACUAUUUCUUAAAAGCAUAUUUGAUCAAGUAUUUUUUUUUCUCUGUUUAUCAUUGUGAUAUUUGCUGUAACAUAUUAAGUUUUGUUUGUAAUUAAAUGCAAAAUAAGAUUUAUUAAUCCUUUGCUCUAGUCAAAUAUAUAUAUUAUAUUAUUAUAUGCAUACUAUUAAAUUAUUUAUGAAAUAAAGUUUAAAAAAAAAAAAAACAAAUGUAUUAGUUUUAUUGUUCUAUAAAAGUUAGUAUUUAUGCAAUAAAUAGCAUUCUUAUAAAUAAGUACACAUUUUAGAAUAUUGUACAGCUCAUUAAUAACUGUAGUACUAAAAAAAGUAUUACAAAUAUUCAUGCUAUUAUAAUAUUGUUAGUUUAAUUAAUAAAAACAUAUUAAUUAUUAAUAUAAUUUUUGAUCGAAUUAUUGUCUAUAUUAUUUUACCUAUUAUAUAAAGAACAAAUAAUUAUAAAUAAGAAAACAAUUUUAAUUACCAUAAAAAAUUUGCAUUAUUACCCUUGAAAUUAAACAUAACAAAUGUUAAUAUAAACACUAUUUGUAAAUGCUUACAAUUACUAAUAUCACAUGGCGUACAUACAAUUCAAUUCCUAUAUUAUACAUAGGUAGAGUAGUAAGAGGUAAUCAAAACCAAAGUUUUAAAUCAUUUAAAAAUAAAUAACAGUAUUGUGAGUCUUAUAAAAUUCAAAUAUAAGGCCAAUACAAGGCUAACAUUUUUGAAAAUUAUAUGUAAAUUAAUUACACAGCAUAACAAUUGAAGUACAAAUUAAUAUAAUACAUAUUGUAAGUAAAAAAUUACAAAUACUAUUUAAAAUACUAAAAUUAUUAAUAAAUUGAAAUAAGCCAUUAUCAUAUUAUGUAAUAUUAAAUAUUUAUUAUUAACUAGAUAAUAGAUUGAAAUACACUAUUUAACAAUAUUAAUAUUUUAUUUGAAUGGAGUAUAAUUUUGUUUUAAUACUGCUAUACCAAUAGAAAACCCGAAAAUCAUUUUGAUAUUUUUUUCUGAAUUAUACAAUAUAUUUUUUUUUUUUAUAUAGAAAAUAAUAUCAUAUUGAAUCAAAUCAAGUUACAAUCCUCAACAAUUUAAUAUCCAAUAUAAUUAUUAUAUUAGAUUUUUGAAGAGUUCCAGUUUAUUAUUAUAUUUAAGGUGAUUAUUACGUUAAUAAAUUCUUAUGUUAAUUAGGAAAGUAAUGUCACAUAACCUAUGGUACAAUCCUAUAUAUUUUAAGUAAAUACAAAGAUAAAAUAUGUUAAAUUCAAUUAUUAAAUACUCGCUCUUUUUGAUAGAUUUAUAUAAAAUUCUAUUUGAUUUAAUAGAACAACUAUAGUAAUUUUACCUCUGUAUAAGUUUCACUUAAAUAAGCUUGUUAUGUGUAUAUCCAUAUCUAUACACAUCUUAUGCAGAUGGUAUAAGUAAAGUAACUAAAUUAUUCAAAAUUUGUUAAUAAUUAUAAAUUAAUUAUUGUACAUAAGUAGAGGGGGAAAAAAAUUACAAAGUAACCUAAAUUAUGUACAUAAUGUUUUAAUUAUUUCACAGUUCAAAUAACAUUUAUUCAAUUAAUUAUUAUGGUAGAAACUUUUUUUGAUCAACACUUAUUAUUUUUAUAUCAUACAGUAUGUAUAUAAUUAUUUUUAAACAAAUAAAAAUCUCAAUAAUAAUAAUUAUAGUUUAUACUAUAAAAAUAUAAAUUAAUUAAUGUAUGGCUUGUGUAUUUGAUUCUACAUUAACAAAUUUGAAUGAUGUAUAAUCAUUUUAUUAAAAUAUUCACAGCACUUAGUCUAGAUAAACUGUAUAAAUUCUAAUCUAAUAUUAACAUACAAGGGAUUAUCAAAGAAUAAGGUUCCUUACUCAAUAUAGUUCAUAGUCUCAUUUCAUAAACUGCUUUAUCGUAUUCUGUUUUGAGUUACAUGUGUUCAUUGUGAACAAGAUUUUAGAAGCUAUUACUGGUUAUAAGGUAUACGCAAUUAGGUUCUUAUUUAGUUUUUAAACUACAAAGAAAUCACCCGUAGUGAUAAAUAGUUAAAGUUAAUGGACCAGUUAUAAAUUUUCAACACUUGAGCAAGUAGUGUUGUAAAUUUUAUGUUGGCUAAACAUGUAUAGAUGGUGAGAAAUGGAAUGGCAGACCAUCUAUCAUUACAGGUGCGUGGUCACUAAAAUCAAUGAAAAAUUGUGUUUUGAUCAGUAUAAAACCAUUUCUGAUCUUAAACUGUUCCCCAGUGUGUCUUGCACUUUAUAGUUAGCAACUGAUUUAAUUUCAUAAAACUGUGUAUGAGACAAGCAAAACCAAAUUUAAGAGACGAGGCGUUGAAAAACUUCAUUUAUAACUGACUACGAGAUCAAGUUUCUACGAGGAAAUUAUUAUUAAAGUAAUCUCUAGAUAUGAUAAAUUUCUUAAUAUAAAAAUGACUAUGUUAUAAAUAAAUGUAUUUUGAAUUCAAUGCCACUGUCUGUUUUUUCUGGCUCUUUUAGUUUUUGAUAUAAAAAAGUAGGAUACCUGGAUAAUAAUUAAGUAUUGAAAUGUGAAGGCUUAUCAAUAACUACAACUCCAGCAUAACUUCGUCCAAUAUUCAUUGAGGCUAAUAACAUGGACCAAGUAUUGGUGUUGGGAUUGUAAACUUCUACAGAAGCUAAAUUACAAGCUCCAUCAUCGCCGCCCACAACAUACAAUAAACCAUCUAAUGCUACUACUCC